UCUUGCUCCUUCUUUCUACUGAAUGUGAAGUCAUACAUUUCAGGGGUGUUUGCUGUAUUUAAUCCUGGCGGUUCUGUGCCGUGCACUCUGCACUGUGUCAUAGAGGAAGAAGAAGAAGAGCAAACACACGGCAGCGCAAGCCCAACCCCAUCUGGAUUCAUCAGAAAGCUACUACACAAAGAUCACUAUGGCAAACAGAGGUCCCUCCUAUGGUCUGACCCGUGAGGUUCAGAGUAAGAUUGAUAAGAAAUAUGAUCAGGAACUGGAGGAAAGGCUGGUGGAGUGGAUCGUUGCCCAGUGUGGCCCUGGAGUCGGUCGGCCUCAGCCAAACAAGACAGGCUUCCAAACCUGGCUCAAGGAUGGAUGUGUGCUGUGUGAGCUCAUCAACAGCCUGUAUGGAGCCAACAAGCCAAUCAAGACCAUCAAGAGCUCUGGCAUGGCAUUCAAGCAGAUGGAGCAAAUCUCCAUGUUCCUCAAAGCAGCUGAAAAUUAUGGAAUCACGAAAACUGACAUGUUUCAGACUGUAGACCUCUUUGAAGGCAAAGACCUGGCUGCUGUCCAGAGGACCCUGAUGGCUCUGGGAAGCUUGGCUGUCACAAAGGGUGAUGGGAAUUACAAAGGAGACCCUAACUGGUUCCAUAAAAAGGCCCAGGAGAACAAGAGAGAGUUCACAGAUGAACAGAUGAAAGAAGGCCAAAAUGUCAUUGGCCUGCAAAUGGGCACAAAUAGAGGAGCAUCUCAAGCUGGCAUGACAGGCUAUGGACGUCCCAGGCAGAUCAUCAACAACCCCUGAACCGGAGCAGUGCUUAAACCCUCCUCCCUCUGCCCUCUGAAAGGCCAGUGCGCAGGGAUGGAGAGACUUUAACUCUUGGCCAUGAGGAAAAAUGUGACCUGACUGUUUUCAAGAUUUUAACUGGACCAAAAUAGGGACCAAUGAGAACAUGUGCACAUAUAGAGGUUUAACAGUAGAAAUCAAUCAUUAAACAAUAUAUUUUUUUUUAUCUUUUAUAACAAGCUUCAUUGUAAAUAAUAAUUUUUUUUCGUACAGAAUCAUCCCAGUUGUUUUGCAUGUUUUAACUCAUUGCCUUAAAAUCAUUACUGCAAACCACAGUGUUUGAUAGAUUUCUUACCUUGAACACACACACGAUGAAAAUCUACUUGCAGGGACUUGAAACCUUCGUGAGAGAAGUAAUCCUUCACUUUCCAUGUUUAGUUUGCUUUAUUCUUUACUGUAUUGUCUACAUUGUUGCAGUCAAUGCCUGUUCUCCAAACUUUAGCAGCAGGUGUGUUCAAGGAUACCAAACAUGUAAGACUCUUUCAUGUGUGUAUAUAGAAAGAGCAAAUUACUCAGUGUUACAGAUUUACGGCUUAAACCCUUAAGCAGGCACCAGCUCUCUGCUGAUUCCCUUUGUACUGGAAUGAAAUCAAAUAAAACUUAAUGAAAGGUAAGACGUGUACGGUUUGCUAUAGUUUAUAGUAAUGUUAAAAACAAGCACAUCCUUUAAUACAGUCAAGUGUAAGUUACUUUAGAUAAUAAACUGCCUGGUUAGAGAAAGAUAUCAGAUACUCUUGUGUGUCAGUUGAUCAAAAAUGUUGGACCAUCUCUUUGAAAUAAAGUUUGUUUUAACUUUGAA